GUAAUUUCCAUUUUCUUUCAAACAUCUCGUGACAAAGCGUCCUUGUUGUACGAGGCACACAGUGUGGAAAAAGUGUGCUUCUGUUUAAUGUCUCUGGGUGAAAAUGGAUCCUCCACCAGAAUAUAGCAACUCAGUACCCGACGGGUUACCUGGCUAUGAGAGCAUGCUAACGGAGGGUGAAGGUGGACUCUGUCACCCCCCUGCGCUGUUUUACCCACAUCCCCAACCUGAAACUCAGCCAUCAGGUCUAAACUGGAACAUCGAACCUCUGAGCAAGGAUGAUGCUCAACAAGCCCUCAUCAGGUAUGCGUCAGAGAAAUGCUGCUACAGCACGAAGCCAGCAGAGGAGGGAGUGAUCACCAGCAUGGAGACCUUUGACACAUACAGAUAUCGCCUGGAGACAUUUACCGAGACACGAACUACAAAGUGGAGUCAAAGGCCAUACUAUGGUGAGCAAAUAGACAACAGGGGACAAACCCCACCAGGACCAUGGGAGAUUCCAGUUAAUGUCCCCCCGUUUUUUCUGGAGGGAAGCCAAAUCAUUGAGGUGCCGCACACAUCAUCUGUGAAGGCCUGCCCUAGCUGUAAUGCCACAGGGAGAGUCCUCUGCAUGUCCUGUUGUGGGACUGGAUCUAGAGGAUGCUAUUCAUGUGGGGGGAUGGGUUAUACCUACUUUCUUCAAGACAGACAGAUGUGUUUGGUCUGUUUUGGACGCGGGAGGACAACGUGCUUUGCAUGCCAUGGCAUAGGACAGAUCGACUGUCUCGUCUGCUUAGGCAAACGAAAGAUCAUUGCCUCUAUCGACCUCGUUGUGGAGUGGCUGAACAACAUGGACCAGCACACUGUUGAGCAAUCCAGUGGUUUAAAGAUGGUCAAGCUGAACAGUGUGAGCGGAGAGACACUGUUUACAGACACUAACCACAUGGUUUGUCCAGUCACAAACUUCCCAGACCCUGAAGUCGUACAAACUUCCCAGCAGCUCCUAGGAAAGCACCAAGAGGAGUAUUUGAAAACUUCACGCAUCUUACAGCAGCGUCAAACCAUCGAGUUGCUUCCUAUUACCAAGGUGACCUACGAAUGGAAGGGAAAGUCACAUGUGUUCUUUGUGUAUGGGAGCGACUUCAAAGUCAGUGCUGUGAAUUAUCCUGCUGCCUGCUGUGGCUGCUGCACAGUGAUGUGACUCAGCCUCAUCCUGCCCAAGAUUCAUGCUUUUUUUUUUUUUUUUAAUGAUUUCAUCAGAGAAGACUGCAGCUUAAGCUUCCGGCUGUAAACAGUGUGAUAAAGCUUCAUGAUGCAGCUUGAACUUUACAAAUGCUUUCUAUCCAUGUAUCUACAAUUAUUGCCAAAUUAGAAUCUAUCUCUAUUUCAUUGUUUCGCUUCCCAUGAUAUAACUACGUUGCUUAACUUCAGGUGAAAAUAAAUGGGCUAAAUUAUA